GCGGUUAGCCACAACAGAGAUGAGAGCGGCUAGCUAACUUAGCAUGUCUUAAUGGAGCCUGACCGGGGGGCGGAACACACGAUGGAGUGGCAGCGACUGGCGUAGUUUCACCCGGGAACAGAGUUAAAACUCCACCAUCUCUCACACAGUACCUGAGCACGGAGAGGAACUCCACGAUAUGCAGCCAUGAAGCGGGUUCGCACUGAGCAGAUCCAGUGUGCCGUGACUCAGUACCUGAAGCGGCGGCAGUAUGUGGAAACUGACGGUUCUCUGAAAGGUGCCAAGCUCUUCCAGUCAGCGGAGGAGAUGGCUGCCAGCCUCACAGUGCAGACGGAGUCGGGUUGUGCCAACAUCGUCUCUGCGGCGCCGUGCCAGUCCGACCCGCAGCAGUACGAGGCUCAGUUCUCCAGGCUGCGCUCCUUCCUCUCAGGUAUCAAAUCCAAAAAUCCACCAAAUCACACGUCUGGAAAAUAUGAAACAGAAAUAUCCUGGGCGAAGGAGGUGAGCGGCCUCCUCUACCCGCUGUUCGUCUACCUCCACCUGGACUUGGUGCACUGCGGCCUGAAGGGGGCAGUGGAUGGUUUUUACAGCCGUUUCCACACCCUCUUCCUCCAGGACAGCGAGCAGCGCGCCACCAUAGAGCAGCUCCGUCAUGUCCUCACUUCUCAGGACGUCGCAGCCAACCCCAAACUGAGCGCUUUCCUGGAGCACAAGUACGUGGUGCACCUGACGGAGCCGGCGUACAGCUACCUGCUGCGAUACCUGCAGAGUGAGGACAACAGCGCCAUCUGCAGGGCGCUGAACACACACCUGCAGGUGGAGGUCACCGCGUCCGUGCGCACAGACUACCAGCUUUAUGGAGCUGCCAGUGGGGCGACUGCUGCCCCAAACCCCACCUCCUCCUGGGCAGGAGUAGACGGAGUGGAGGGUGGGGACGGGGUGGAGGUUCCUGCAGGGAUCCCUCAGAGCGAAGUGGCCCUCGAGGCUCUUCAGGACUGCAUCAAGAAAGUCCGCGAAGGCCCGCCCACGCUCACCACCGUGUGUUUCUAUGCCUUCCACAACACGGAGCAGAUGCUGAACACGGCGGAGGUUUCUGCCGACAGCCGGCUACUCUCCGCCGGAUUCGACAGCUCCACCGUGAAGCUGUGGAGCCUGAGAGCCAGGAAACUGAAAGCCAAACCGCAUCAGGUCGACGUGUCGCACAUUCACCUGGCCUGUGACGUACUGGAGGAGGAGGAGGAGGAGGAGGACGGCUCCGGCAGCGAGGUCAAGACGCUGCGAGGUCACAGCGGCCCGGUGUUUCGCACGGCCUUCCUGACAGACAGCUCCGGCCUGCUCUCCUGCUCCGAGGACACCACGGUGCGCUACUGGGACCUGGGCAGCUUCACCAACACGGCGCUGUACCGCGGACACGCCUACCCGGUGUGGGACGUGGACCUUAGCCCCUGCAGCCUCUACUUCGCCAGCGGGUCCCAAGACCGCACCGCACGCCUCUGGACGUUCUCCCGCACGUAUCCGCUGCGGAUCUACGCCGGGCACCUGGCGGACGUCGACUGCGUCAAAUUCCACCCGAACUCAAGCUACCUGGCCACCGGAUCCACGGAUAAAACGGUGCGUCUGUGGAGCACCCAGCAGGGGGCCUCUGUCCGCCUGUUCACCGGACACAGAGGCCCCGUGCUGUCUCUCGCCUUCUCCCCCAACGGGAAGUACUUGGCGUCCGCCGGAGAGGACCAGAGGGUGAAGCUGUGGGACUUAGCUUCAGGGUCGUUGUUUAAAGACCUGAGGGGACACACGGACAGCGUCACCAGCCUGUCCUUCAGCCCCGACAGCAGCCUGGUGGCCUCGUCCUCUAUAGACAACUCUGUGCGGGUGUGGGACAUCAGAAACUCCCACGGCGUGGCGCCAGCCGACGGGUCGUCUAAUGAAAUGGUGGGACUUUACACAGGGAACACCAGCAACGUGCUGAACGUCCAGUUUAUGGCCUGCAACCUGCUGCUGGUGAGCGGAACAGCUCAGGAGAAAACAGAACAGUAGCCACAGUUUUGUUUGUAUUCACCAGUUUAUACCAGUUUUCUUCACUGAGACUCCUACGGAUUAAUGGCAACACCUGCACAACAGUGAGAUUUCCUCCCUCUUUUCAAAACUGGCUUGGAUACUCACUUCCAGACCAAUUAUAACUUUUCUUCUGUGUUAUUGUCUAAUUACCAAAGCGUCUCCACUAGAUGUCAGUAUUAAAUAAUUCCUCAGUCUGAAGGUCUGGUGCCUUGGUGGUUAAUAGCUGUCGUGCACGAGUCUUAUGAUCACAGCAUAUCAAAUGUGACUGUUGGAAAUAUUCUUCCUGUGGAAUAAAACAAAAACCCAAUCUGCAAAAAAAUAGUUUUACCCCAAAAAAAAAAUGAAAAUGCUGACCUGAGAAAAUACCAUAGACUGUAUAUCUUAAAAAGGUAAACGCCAAAACAGAUUGCACCAAUUAGUAUUAUGGGAUGAGCUGUUAGAUGUGCUGUACAGAAUAUGAUCAGCACCUUCUGCAGUGACAGACACUUCCACCUGUUUAACACGAUGUGCAAAUGACAUUUAGAGAAACUUGUUGAGCUGUUUUAAUACCCGAGCGUCCAAAACAGAGAUCAAGGAGGUGUUAGCCUAGCUUAGCAUACAUAAUGGAAACGGGGGGGAAACUGCUAGCCCAGCUUUGUCAAACAAACAAAGCAAAAACACCUUCAAAGAAUUCUGAAACCUCUUAUGAACCUACAGGUGAAGCUAGGCUGAUCCUGUGGGUAGGGCUGAGUAUCGUCUGAAAGUGUUCAUCUCGUUUGCUGAGGUCAAAACAAACCUUAAUUUAAUACAUUGCUUUGAGGAAUUUAAAUAUGCUUUACUACAAACAUUUUUUGUUUUUUCAUAUAAGAAAAACACAAGCCCAGGUGCAAGGAGGUGUCUAAAACAUUUUAAUUUUGAAUCAGGAAGGAUCUGUAAAGGACAAGAUGAUCAAUCUGACCAGAAAUGUAUUUUUGGCUUUCGGCACUUGACAGUUUUUGAUUCUUGGUGCUACAGACACUCCUCAGGUGGUCUAUGGCUUAUUGGAAAAGGCUUAUGUCAUGGAUACCCUUUGUUUCUAUCCUCAGGCUAUCCUUUUGGGUACUAAAGUAGGAAUGAAUGUGAAUGUAAAUGAGGUUUGUCUUUUCUUUAAGCAGCGAAAACAGACGUAUGAUGACUCUGGGUAACACAGCAAACAAUGAAUAUUAUCUAAAUGUCGAACUACUCCUUCAAAGAUCUCUAUUUGUUUUACCUGCAAGUACUUUCCAUCUGCUGCCCCCUCUCCUAUAUGUUAAAAAUGCAUUUAUCAUCUGAUACCACAGCUAUCAUAAGGUCUAUCCAUUAGAUACAGAGAGGAUAUCAUCCCAAUUCGAUAUCAGUUUAUGUUGUUAUACAAAUCGAUAUCUACAGGAAGAACAUUUUCAGGAAAGGAGAACAUGUGUUGCAUUGACGUUCAUGGAGUUCAGAGACUGUAUUAGGAUGUUUUUAAGGGUCUCAAAAGGUCACAUACAAACACUAAAGACCAUGGGAACUUAAAGAAACACCAGAACAGGAAGUGGUUGCUUUUUCUCUAGGUUUGUCUCGAAGUAAAACAAAAUUGUAAAUAGCCUUGUUGAGGAAAUCUCUAAGAAUCAAAGGCUGUAUUUUUCGCAUUAUUCUGCGAGUGGCACAAACUGCAAUGUUUAAAAAGUGUAAAUAAACUGUAUUUUUGUAAUAUUUUGGCUACCAAGUGUCGCCAUCCAGGUUGUGCUUACAGAGGGCUUAAACACAUUGAUUCAGAUAUCACACGUUGAAAGUGUGAUUGUAUUUCUUUUAUAUAUAUAUAUAUAUAUAUAUAUAUAUAUGGUUGUUUUGAAUAUUCAUGGGUUCAACCUGGAAGACGUGUUUUAUGUUUGUCAGGAAACUUUUGUUCCCUCCUGUAGCCCUAAAAACAAGGAAUAAAUAACAGAAUUUAUUUGAAAAA